UGGAUAAGAAGCAAUGGUGGCAGGCACUUGAGAUAAAUGGUUAGCAUAAUGUUUUUGACUAGUGAUGAAUUGUUGUAGGACUGUCAACUCUGUAACUCUUCAGUUACUCCAAAAGGAAAUAUAAAGUUGGUGCCAUUUGAGGAACAGAGAAAAGGAGGAAGAUGAAAGUGGAGAAUCCUAAGCUUUACAGGGGCAACAGUGUAGAUGACAUAAGCAAUGUCCCCUAGAGCACAAAGCAUCACAAGGUGGGGUCCACUUCAUUUACAUGAGAUAAAAUAAAACACAGGCUUUCUCCACUUUACCUUCUACUGCUUCUCUCCAUUUCUUCAUCUCUCUUCCUCUUUGAUCUAACCCUUCAACCAGUCAUAAACUUCCUUUCGACGCCCGCACUUGAUUUGAAAUUGAGAAAUGAUCACCGAGGGAGAAAAAGAAAGUGAAACAAUGUUAAAUAAAGAGCGAAAUACAAUUUUGAUAAGCAGCGAUGACAGAGAAGAAACUGAAGAUCUUAAUCGAGGAGAGUGGCUGAACCUGAGCCUAGGUAGCCUUUCAACAGAAGGAGAGAUGGAGUCACAGGCAAGACCGAAUUCCGGUAAAGUUUUCUCCUGUAACUUCUGCAUGAGGAAGUUCUUCAGCUCGCAGGCAUUAGGAGGUCACCAGAACGCCCACAAGAGAGAAAGAGGUGCAGCAAGAAGAUACCAGUCCCAAAGAAUGAUGUCAAUGAUGGGUUUUCCCUUUGCUACUUCUACAGUUAGAUCACUCAGCGUUCAAUCCCACUCACUUGUGCACAAGCCAAGCAGAGAUGAAACUUCACUUGUGGCAAGAUUUAGUGAUGCCAAUGCAAGGUUUAGCAUCAUGCCUUUCACACUGGAUGAUGUAAUGGAUUCUAUGUGGCCAGGCAGCUUCCGCUUGGAUCCACAAGUAUUAGAGCCGCAAUCAGAGCCAUGCAAGCUUGACUUAAACCUCCGACUCUGAUCCACCCAUCCUACGACCUUUUAUGACUUCUAUUUCGAAGAGGUGUUAAUUAUUUCAUCUAUCAGUACAGAACUAGCGUAGGUUAGAGGCCUACUUGGAGAGUCACCUGUGUGUACUACCUAAUGAACCAGGAAAGAUACUGAGAAGUUCCUACUGUUUUAGGCAUGUUGUAAUAUUCAAGUUAUUUCCUAUUCAAUGACACAUGCAAUAAUCUCAA